AUGCUGGAAGUUGCUGAGCUAUGCUUCAAUGUGGACCAUGGCUACCUGGAGGGCCUGGUGCGAGGGUGCAAGACUGGCCUCCUGACCCAGCAGGACUACAUCAACCUGGUCCAGUGUGAGACCCUGGAGGAUCUGAAAGUUCAUCUCCAGACCACUGAUUAUGGCAACUUCCUGGCCAAUCAAGUCAACCCUCUCACUGUUUCCAAAAUUGACACUGAGAUGAAGAAAAAGCUGUGCAGAGAAUUUGAAUAUUUCCGGAAUCAUUCCCUGGAGCCCCUGAGUACAUUUUUCACCUACAUUACGUGCAGCUACAUGAUUGACAAUGUGAUUCUACUGCUGACCGGCACCUUGCAAAAAAAGUCUGUGAAGGAAGUUCUGGGGAAGUGCCACCCACUGGGCCGGUUCACAGAAAUGGAAGCAGUCAACAUUGCAGAGACAUCUUCCGACCUCUUCAAUGCAGUCCUGGUGGAAACGCCCUUAGCUCCAUUCUUUCAAGACUGCAUGUCCGAAAAUACAUUAGAUGAACUGAAUAUUGAAAUACUGCGCAAUAAACUGUAUAAGUCUUACCUGGAGGCAUUCUAUAAAUUCUGUAAGAAUUAUGGUGAUGUCACGGCAGAGAUUAUGUGUCCCAUUCUUGAGUUUGAGGCCGACAGACGAGCUUUUACCAUCACUUUUAACUCCUUUGGCACAGAAUUAAGCAAAGAUGAUCGGCAGGCCCUGUACCCGACCUGUGGCAAGCUCUACCCUGAGGGGCUGCACCUGCUGGCCCAAGCAGAUGACUUCGAACAGAUGAAGAGGGUAGCAGACCACUAUGGAGUAUACAAGCCUUUGUUCGCAGCUGUGAAUGAUGGCAGUGGGGGAAAGUCUUUGGAGGAUGUGUUUUAUGAGUAUGAGGUGAAAAUGAAUGUGCUGGCAUUCAACAGGCAGUUCCACUGUGGCGUGUUUUAUGCUUACAUGAAGUUGAGGGAACAAGAAAUGAGAAACAUCGUGUGGAUCGCAGAAUGCAUCUCACAAAGACAUCGAACUAAAAUUAAUAGCUACAUUCCAAUUCUAUAACCCAGUACAGGGCAUCAGAUGCAGAAAAACCAUAAAUCUAAAGAGGAAGCUACUAAAAAUGAAAGGAAUUGAGUUAGAUUAUCUAGGUUACACAGAAGGAAGCCACAUGACCCCUUCAUGAAUUGCAGACCCACUGGAAACACAGUAAACCAGCCCUGAAACAAAGCUCUCAU